AAUUUUCUUGUCCAAACCAAUCUUCAACCUUUCAUCAGCUUCUUUACUUCUCUCUCUCUCUCUCUCUCUCUCUGCCACCAUACUCUUCUCCUUCUCUGUUAUUUUUUUGAUUGGAUUUAUGUCAUAUUGCUUCUGAUUAGUGUUUCUCUUCAAGCCCGGAAACUGAAGGUGAUAUUGUAUUCUAGGAAAACGAACCAAUCUGAAUUAUUGUUGUUGUGCUGUUUCUGUUUCUGGGACUGAGCUGUAAAAACUUGGUGAAAGAAUGUCUCUGUCUGGGGCUCAUAAUGAUAGAGGGGAGGUGAAGGUUCGUGAUAGUUUGGAUGACCUUAGCACUGAGUUGGCAGACUAUAUUGCGGAAUUAUCAGAGGCAUCAGUGAAGGAGAGGGGUGUCUUUGCCAUUGCUUUGUCUGGUGGUUCUCUUGUUAGCUUAAUGGGGAAACUCUGUGAAGCUCCUUACAACAAGACUGUAGACUGGUCCAAAUGGUAUAUAUUUUGGGCUGAUGAGCGUGUUGUGGCGAAAAACCAUACUGACAGCAAUUAUAAGCUUGCUAAGGAUGGCCUAUUGUCCAAGGUGCCUAUAGUUCCCAGUCACGUGCAUUCUAUCAACGAUUCAGUGUCAGCAGAGGAGGCUGCUGAUGAGUACGAGUUUGCCAUUCGACAAUUAGUGAAAACUCGUGUGGUCAGCGUGUCUGACAAUAGUGAUUGUCCCAAGUUUGAUCUCAUCCUCCUUGGAAUGGGCCCGGAUGGCCAUGUUGCCUCAUUAUUCCCUAACCAUUCCGUGCUCAACGAGAAAGAUGAAUGGGUAACUUUUAUUACUGAUUCCCCCAAACCCCCACCUGAGAGGAUCACAUUCACUUUGCCUGUCAUCAACUCAGCUUCAAAUGUAGCCGUGGUCGUGACUGGUGACAGCAAGGCUGAGGCGGUACACUUGGCAAUUGACGAUGUUGGACCUGACUGCCCAUCACUGCCUGCAAGGAUGGUCCAGCCAAAUGGGAAGUUGGUGUGGUUUUUGGACAAGCCAGCUGCCUCAAAACUUGACCAUCCUCACCAGGGUUGAGCUGUUCUUGCCAAUGUGUAUGCUUGUAUUUAGUGGUCGAUCAUUUUCUCUUCCAUUAGUUCCAGUCUUUUUGUGGGGUUUUUUUUUUCCUUUUCUUUUCUUUAUUUCUUUCUUUCUUCUUCUUCUUCUUCUUCUUUUGGCCUUCUGGUUAAAUUCUCCAUUUUGUCUUUUCUUGAUCUCUUCUGUAGGAAGGGUUGGAGAAGUGUGAUUAUCCUUUUUGUAAGAAGCGGGUUAAUAAAGUUGGGGUCUUAGUUCUAAAGCUUCUGUUCUGGUUCCUUAUAGGUUAAACUUUAGUUUGAUGAGUUAAAGCCAUUCAGAUUUGGAAUAGCAGGACAAUAUGUUCAACUGGA